CUGUACUGGCUGUAGAUCAAUCUGUGGUGGACUUGGAGACCAUCGAAGCGCUGUAUGAAAAUAGAGCGCAGCCAGAAGAACUGGAGAGGAUCAGGAAGCAUUACGAGACGUCGGAGGAAGAAGACAUUAAACUGCUGGACAAACCUGAACAGUUCCUGUAUGAGCUGUCUCAGAUCCCAGACUUUGCAGGCAGAGCUCACUGCAUCAUCUUUCAGUCGACCUUCAUCGAUGGGAUCGCGUCUAUCCAACGCAAGCUCAACACAGUUUCAUGUGUCUGUAAGGCUCUGCUGGAGAGCGAUGGUGUAAAAGAUGUGGUGGGACUGGUGUUGGCUCUGGGGAACCACAUGAACGGAGGCAACAGGACCAGAGGUCAGGCCGACGGCUUCGGCCUAGAGAUUCUACCCAAACUAAAGGACGUCAAGAGCAGAGACAAUCGAAUCAGCCUGGUGGACUACGUGGUGUCAUACUACCUGCAAAAUGUGGAUAAGAACGCCGGCACAGACAAGAGCAUGUUCCCUCUUCCUGAACCUCAGGACGUCUUCCUGGCUGCGCAGGUCAAGUUUGAUGACCUCAACAGAGACCUGAGACAGCUUGGACGAGAUCUGACAA